AUGAGGGCGUCGACUGUUGAAAUUGCCGAUCUCCAAGAAAUCAUCAAUCUUAUCGAUGGAAAAACUCGAGGAGUCUAUUCCCACAAAAGAUGUCAGAUCAGAAGACUUGUCGAAACAACCCAGCUUUCUUUGAAAGUAAUUGAAGAUAACAACGACAAAAUAAUUGGAUUCGCUGCUUUCGACCUCCAGGCAGAUUUUGAAUCGAAAAAGAUUGCCAGUGAUCUUUACAAUCCGCAAAGUGUUCUUGAGCUGAUGCUAUUCAUGGCGGAAGAAGAUCAUGAGAAUGUCGACGGAAUUGUAUCUUGUAUUUUGUCCGCUGUUUUCAAAAGAUGCCCUUUUAUCCACCAUGUGAUCGUGACGAAAAACGACUCGCGACUAUCAUCUGUAUCUUCUAAAAUCCCCAACUCGCCCUACUCAAUCAUCAACCGCGAAGACUUCGUCCCCACACUCUUUAUUCGCCCUGGAAAAGAAGAAGACAACGAUGAUGUCGCUGCCGUGUACAAGAAUAACGACCAGCUCAAGAUGAUCUACGGCGACUUUUUCUACACUGAAAUGGUUGAAUCAGUUGAUGAGAGACACAAGGUGCUUGUUGCUGAUGUAAAUGAUAUCGCAGUUGGUGCGAUUGCAAUUUCAUCGAAGAUUUCCCUUGAUCAAUUACAAUGUACGCAUCACAUCGGUGGAUUCAAGUAA